CUGAGUUUGCGCACUGGACGCCUCCAUUGUCUCGCCAGCAGUACCCGCGGCAGCGCGGGGCGCGGGAGCGAGAGCGCGCUGAUUUGAGAACGCAGGGGAGCGGCGUAGUCCUACAGUGACCCGAAUCAACGACAGACGACAACGGGGGGUGGGGGGGAAUCCGAGGGACAUACGACAGGAACAACAACAACGACGACGACGUUCGAGAUUGCAAUCGGCCAGCGAUCGACAUCGGCGGUCCUCCAGCAACAGUUGUCGGAGGACGGCUGAGAUCUGCUGAAGGGAAAGCCACCAACACACGGUAGAGGAGAACUGGGCGCACAUUGCGGUUAUACGACUGGAUGUGUUGUGCUUGUCAUCCCGGCUGCUUGUGUUGUGGAUCUGAGGAGGCUGUGCCCUGUCAUUCGCGAGCGGUACAAACGUGUUGCUGCGUGCAGUUGCCGACACCAUACACACACACACACACACACACACACACACACACACACACACACACACACACACACACACACACACACACACACACACACACACACACACACACACACACACACACACACUGUCUGAUCAUUAUAGGGGGGAUGUGGGGAUCACCGCAAUAUAACAAGCUCUAUUUAUUUUAGCCCAAGCCGAGCUGUCAUUCAGCAUCUUCCACUCGAGGUUUAUUUCCCGACGUGGUGGAUCGCGCAGCACUCGGGAGGGCUCAUGUUUGCUUCAACAGAGACACGGGCUGUUCCGUCUGCCGCGCGCUACAGCUGCUGUAGUCAGACUUGACAACCCGCCGCGGACUGGAUUCAGAGCAACAGCAGCCGCUCCGUUGGCUGCCAAGGGCCGAGGAAACCACUGCAGACAGACUGCCUGACAGACAGGCGUGCCAGGACAGGGAGGGGGCGGCAGCCGGCGACAGCUCUCUCGACCCCUUCUGAGGAUCGAGCCGAGCCCCCCUCUCUUCGAGAGCCCCCGCCCGUCGUCACCUGGGGGUGCACUUUGGAUGGGGGGGAAGCAAAGCACGACCGGGCGGCCCCGGGGCGCCUUCCCCGGCGUCUCCACGGACGACAGCGCCGUGCCGCCCUCGUCCCACUUCGGCCACUACCGGCCCAGCGGGCCCAUGGGCCUGCGGAGCCGCUCCGUCAGCUCGGUGGCCGGCAUGGGCAUCGACCACGGGGCCGCCGUGCCCUUCGGCUUCUACGGCCCCCGGGGCACGGACUCGGACAGAGCCAUGGGGGGCGGCGGCGGUGGCGGCGGCGGCGGCGGGGGGCCCGGCCCCAACGCCGUCGGCCCCCACGGUAACGGCUACGGCCAGGAGAACGGCGGGGGGGGACACCACCACCACCACCACCACCACCACCACCACACGGAGAGCGUGCUCUACCUGGGGUCCCGGGGGUCGCUGGCUGACACCCUGCCCCUGCACAUUGCCCCCCGCUGGUUCAGCGGACACACCGGUUUCAAGUGUCCCGUAUGCUCCAAGUCUGUGGCGUCUAAUGAAAUGGAAGUACACUUCAUCAUGUGUUUAAGCAAGCCCCGCCUCUCCUACAAUGACGAUGUACUGGCGAGGGAUGCGGGCGAGUGUGUGAUCUGUCUAGAGGAGCUGCAGCAGGGAGACACUAUAGCCAGACUGCCGUGCCUCUGCAUCUACCACAAAAGCUGUAUAGACUCAUGGUUUGAGAUCAACCGCUCCUGCCCUGAACACCCGUCCGACUGACCUUGUCUCCCCCCCUGAAUACUGCUAAAGGGAUGUUCUUUCUCCUUCCAUGGAUACCUGGAAACGAACGCAAGAAAAAUGUAAAAACAAAUCAACAAGAAA